GGUCAUCACAUGAAUGACUCAAACAGUCGCGCGUAUAGAGACGACACUCGUCAUUGCCAAAACAUAUGAUAAAUCAUUUAGUCAAACCCAAGCUUCUUGCGAUAACGGACGCUUACGUAAACCACACUCGUUUUGAGACGGCGUUGUCGAAUUGUCUAUCGAAACACUGCAGAUAUCAAUCAAGCUCGCUUACAACAUAGCAAUGGCCUUCAAUAAAGAUGAAAUGCACGCACCGGUCUGGUUAAAUGAAAGGUUUUUUGAAACAAUUCUAAAGCAAUCGGAGAAGGACGCAUCGAUAGUCAUAACCGAUUGUAAAAUCGUUCCCGGAUCCCGCCUGGGAGAUCAUUUCGCGAGUAUCAUUUUCCGUGCUAAUAUAGCCUAUCAGAGCCGUGGAACAAAAAACAACGAAAUAUCGUUGAUUGUAAAAACAAUUCCAGAAGACGAUGGAGUAAAGCGAGAUUUGCUUAAAAAUGGCGAGGUUUUCGAGACGGAAACUAUUAUGUACACUACCGUGGUUCCAGAGAUGCAUCGGCUGUUCCGAUCGGUUGGCGAUGACACGGAGCUUGGACCGAGGCUUUUGUACUCGUCCAAGGAACCCAACUUAGUGAUGGUUUUCGAAGAUUUAACGAAACGCAACUACGACACGAAGAGCAACCAGCUUGACCUGCAAGAAGCAAAGAUAGCUUACAGUAAACUAGCAAAAUGGCAUGCUGCAUCUAUGCAUCUGGUGAAUACGAUCCCAAUAAUUACGAAACUAGAUAAAGAUAUUAUUACAAUUUCGAAUGAUACUUUCAACAAAAUAUGGGAUAACAAUAUUGCCAUACUAGCUAAGGUAUGCCGCGAAUGGCCAGGAUACGAAGCUUACGGUGACCGAGUGGACAACCUCAGGAAGGGGAUUUGCAGUAAAACCAAAGAUAUAUACAAAUUCAGUGAAUCAACGCUAUAUAAUGUGCUGAAUCACGGAGAUUUUCACUACAAAAACAUGAUGUACAAAAUCAUCGAAGGAAAAACGCAGGACAUUUUUCUGCUCGAUUAUCAACUCAGUAUUUGGGGAACUCCUGCCAUCGAUAUAAUCUACUCUCUAUACCUUAUGUGCUCUGCCGAAACAAGGAAUAACCAUCGCGAUGAGUUGAUCAAAUUCUACUAUGAUGAAUUUGUGGCAUCGCUAAACAAAUUCGGAUAUCUUGGGAAAAUUCCAUCACUAAUCAAUCUCCACGUAGAGAUCCUGAAGAACGGCCAUUUGGAAGUCUUCUUGGCGUCUACAUUCCUUCCCUUUAUGAUGGUACCAACCGAGGAAAUGGUGGGGGAACAAAUGAACAAGAAUUCCGAUGAGGGCAUCGAAUUGUUCGACAUGAAUAAUCCCGAAAAGAUGGCCGAGAUGUUGUUGGCCAGUUACCGAAAUCCAAAAUACGCCGCCGCCAUGCAGAAAUGUUUGCCGGUAUUUUUGCACAAAGGUUUAUUGGAUCUGUAGAUGAUCCUAUAAGAAAAUGAUGAUCAAUCCUGGGGUCGCACUCAUGUGUGUCAGGUCGGGAACCGAACCUAGGUGAGCAGCGCGUAAGAAAGUCUGUCGACCAACAGGGCUUAACUUGGUCAGCAGAAAUACAUUCUCAAAUAAAAUUGUUCUCAAUGUAAUUUUUACUGCUUCCCAUUGCAGGAAGUUGGAAAAUGGAACUAGUUGGGGUUGGGAUAACAUAUAUUCCUUGAAUUGACGUGAGUCAUGUGUCAUGUGACCAAUGGAAAAUAAACAGAAAAAGAAUUACCGGAACGGUGACAAUUCACCUUGUAUUGGACACACUGAGAAAAAAUAUCGUCACUGUUGUGCUACCUUAUGACAAGCGCCAUUUGGCACAUUUCGAGAAAAAUGAUUUUUAAAGUUUGAUAUUGAAUAUCUUGAACUUAUAAAUGGUAUAAACAAUCCAAAGAAGAGAAUUGAAGCUUCUAUCUAUUCUGCAUUAAUCUCUCAAAUAUUACAACGAUCGGUUGACUAUGUUGCGAGUUUUUACUAUGAAUGUAAAUAAAAGUCGCACUCACACGUGUCAUAGGCGUAUAUUAAUGACAAAAUUUGUAUGACGUGUCAUAAUCGUGCAAGGAAAAUUUUCCAUAGAAAAAACAUCAAUUUUUAACUUUUAUUCAUAUCUUUAGGUUCCUUUGGUCUAUAAACAAUCGGUGAGAUGCAUUUUAAAGAAAAUGAGUCAGGGAAUCUAGAAAAAAUUGUUAUUUUAGGUUACAGUGUUGCCAAAUAUACUAUAUUUCCAGUUUAAAACAUAAACCACAGACCUACCAGACAUGACACUCGAGGUCACUAAUGUGUUGCAAAAAUUUAACGGAUUUUUCAAACGUUAAUUUAUCAUGCUCAUUACUUUCCGUGCUCACCGCAAGAGGCGCGUAACCAUAUGACAUGAUUGACAAGAAUGCCCAAACGCACACUAUUGAGCGGCUGCUAUUGUCGUUAUUGUUAUUGUGCCAAAUAAACAGUUUUAGAUUGAAACAAGAAUAAAACUUGGAUUCCACAAUUGCUUUUCAUAAACGUUUGUUUUGAAAUCAAGACUUUAAGUGAGUAUUACGAAAACGAAGGCGUAAAUUUUUGAGAAGAUUGUUUAGGGAGCAAUGUCAGGAAAAACCGCAACGACGAUGGCAAAUUGUGCACUGAUUUAAUCAUGUUUUUCUGCUGAAGUCAAAUAAGAGUAUGAUAUUUAUAAUAGUUAAUUGUAAUUAUACUUGCAAAUCAAAUAAGGCGAAUCUGCGCAUUGUGCGGAAAUAUUUUAUUUUUCAUUUUCAAUUCAAUAGCAAAAACACUUUGGUUUGUGCACUUUCCACUAACUUCGCAAACUGACUUGUGGAGAAUAGUUCACAUUACAGCGCACGGAACAAUCAAAUUGCCCACAUCACAUUCUGUGUUAAUGAUAGAUAAUCCUUCUUGCUCACAUAGUGUAGAUUCCUGCAAAGAAAUCUAUCCAUUUCUCGAUAUUCGGCGUCUCUUCCGUUUGAUUAAAGGUUGUUGUUAGUUUCUGUGGUCUAUAAUAAUCACUUACGCAUACCAAUGCACCGCCAUGUCAAAUACAUGAAAGUGUCAAACAGAUGGUAGAGUUCAAAAGAUCGCCACCAGGCGGUGAUAGUGUGCAAAGCGAAAUUAAUUUCAAAGUGAUGAUCACAUUUUUUUCAAUGAAUUGUUUUUAGUGUCAUAUCUGGCAGGUCUGUGCUUAAACUGUGUUUUUCUCACAACUAGUGUAUUUUUCUUUUGAAAUUUUUAUGCCAUUGUGUUCCUCAGACAUUUUUACACAUAAAAACAUCUAAAACGUCAAUAUAUCUUAAGCAAAUCCCUAGAUACAGUGAUUUGAAGCAAAAAACUCACAAUUUAUCAUCAUGUUUCUCGUUAUAUCUAAGUAACCAAUUAGAAUUUCAAAAUUCUGAAGACGCCACUUUGUAGAGAUUUUUCAGACAAGUAAUGUGGCAUAUCAAACUCAGUUUACCCCAAAAUGACGUUUGUCAUAAGAUAGCACAACAGCAACGAUAUGUCUUCAAGCAGGAAUGCGAUUCGCUGGCAGGGAUGCCACAUUGAAAUCUGUGUUUCAGCCAAAAAAUCUUUUUACCAUCUGUGAUGACUAAAACAGGAAAAAAAUCUGUGAGAAAUUUCCAAAAAAUCUGUGAAAAAUCGCAAUAUUUCCAAAAAUCUGUGAAAUUUUUAUCAAAAUGUCAAAAAUCUGUCAUCUGUGAAAAGGAAUCUGUGAUCAAAAAUUGUGAAAAAAAAAUCUGUGACAUUACAGAAAAAUCUGUGAACACCUGUGUAACCCUGUCCACUAGAGCUAAAUAUAGAUAACGAGUGAAAUUUGCCCGAGAGGAGGCGAUGACGAUUUGUUUAUAGGAGACAUUGGGAGUCGAUGGGCCCAUUGGAAGGUAUUGGGGCUGUGGCGGUGAUCACGAUAUUGUUGGGAAUCUGUAACGACAUCAUCACAGUUCCUCGAUGGCGGAGUGGUUAACACACCCAACUAGAGACUUUGAGAUCGUAGGUUCGAAUUGUCACCGUUCCGGUUGGGAUAAGUUGACGGAGUCCCCUUUUUCUCCGUUUCCAUUAGCUGCAUAACAUUUUGUUUGAUAGAAGUUGUGGGCGAUAUUGUGUUUUCGAGUAUACCAAGUACAUUUUCCUAAUUUUAAACUUUUUUUGUUAUUCAGGGUGAUUUUUAUUCUUUUUCCAGAAAAAUUUGAUCUUUCGAUAGUACGUGCAAAGAGCUUUAAAUAUCCAUAUAGAUAUUAUAUUUAUCCACAAACAAAAGUUAUUUUAAAUAUGUACUUUUGCAUAAAAAAACCGAUUUAAUCCACCUAUCAGUGUUGGCAAGCAACUAGAUGUGAGAUAAGCACAGUUUUGAGUCCCGCACGAUAACACUUCAAAUAAACUGAAUAAAUUAAAGAAAAAUAAUAAAAACAAUAAAAAUAUCAAAUAAUUAUGCAGCAAAAAAAACAAAGAAGUUAUUCAUGAAACGGAUAGAAUGACUAAUAUAAAUCAUAUUAAUAAAAUAAAUCAAAUCAGCUCAAAUGAAACUUAGACAACAUUACAAAAGUUAUGAAAUUAAGACAGUAAAUUAAAUUGUUUCAAGCUAACACACUGUCAUUCAAUAAUAAAAUGACCUGGCUAAACCGAAAUAAUAAAAUAAAGAAACAAAAUAUAUAAACGGUGCAACAUGAACUUAAUAAAAUAAAAUGAUUAAAAUAAAUUAAAUAAGUAAUAUGAACAAAACCAAAAAAAUAUUGAAUUAAUAAGAUAAAUAAUAUGAAUAAUAUGGUUUAAAUUAACCCUUUCAUACCUAAUAUUUUUCUAGCAGAUAUAUGGUUCCAAAACCAUUUUUCUUAAAAGUGUUAGAGUAAAGAAACACGAAAAAUCUGUUUUGAUCAAGAUAGAUGAUUAUCUAGCAGUGCGGGAAGCUGCUCAAUUGUUACAUACCGAUCCUUAAUACGCAUCUCCUGCAAAGUUUGCAAUAGUUAGAUUAGACAGAAAAGAUAGCCGAUAGCAGUCUACAUUGAUAAAAUUUAUCAGUUUACAACAAUAUUUGAAGACAUCGAAGAUAUAUCAAAAUAUAAUUUUUCACCGAUAAUUGAAAAUGUCUACAGCAGCACAGCUCCAGUGAAAUCCAAUCAGAACAAUUGCAAUAACUUCAGUUCUGCGGAUAUCUCUUAUAAGUAUUAGCGCUCAAAUAAACGGUGGUAGUCACAAUUAUUAGUUUUUCCUUUUUGUGAGGAAAUCGUGUCUAACCCCAAAGUUAUAGAUGUUUGAAAACGUGGUUAGUAAAUAAUAGGGUAUGCAGAGGGUUAAUAAAGUCAAUAAAAUGAAUAGAAUGAA